AAACAGCUUUUCAGAGAGCUUCAACUGAGCUGUCAGAAGGGGCAGUUUGGUUUCUAUGCAAGCAAUACUUGCAUUCCAGACUGCAUUAGAGAAAAGCCAGUGGGACUUUUUCUGCUUGUUCAUUACAUUCUCAAGAUGAAGCACCCGAUGAUUACAGCAGUGCUGGUAGUACUGGUGCAGGUUUCUCAGAGUUUCCCUGCCUUGUACCACCGAGGUUGGUGGAGGCUGUUAAGGGAAGAAGAUAGUUGCGGAAAAUGCGAUUUGGCACUUUGCUCUGAGCCUAAAGACUGUCCAGCUGGGACUGUAUUGGACCGUUGCGGCUGCUGUCCUGAAUGUGGGAAUGUGGAAGGUCAGAUCUGUGACUUGGACCAGGGCAAUCAUUUUUACGGGCACUGUGGCGACAACCUCGAGUGCAGGUUGGAUGCUGACAAAGCAAGGUUUGGGGAAGUCCCUGAACCCCAGUGUGUGUGCAAGUCUCAAGAGAGCAUCUGCGGACCUGAAGGGAAAACCUACGACAAUAUCUGUCAAUUCAACAAGGCUUAUGCUACAAAAAGAAAUAUCAGCAUGAAGCAUGAAGGACCAUGUGAAUCAGCUCCUGUUAUUUCUACGCCUCCUCAGGAUGCCCAGAAUUUCACAGGCAAUGAUGUCAUUUUUGGCUGUGAGGUGUCAGCCUAUCCUAUGCCACACCUUGAAUGGAAAAAAAAGGGGAAUAAUAUGUUUCUGCCAGGAGAUGACACCCACAUCUCAGUACAGGCAAGAGGUGGGCCUCAGAAGUAUGGUGUGACAGGCUGGCUGCAGAUCCAAGGCCUCAAAAAAUCAGAUGAAGGUGUUUACAUCUGCCACACCAAAAAUAAGUAUGGUGCAACAUACGCCUCUGCAAGAUUGAAAGUCAUUGAUGGCUCAUCUCCUGCAUUUGCAUUUACUGCUGGCAGUAGAAGUGCAAGCUACAGCAUUGAAUACGGGGACUAUUAUGACCAUUCUGAUGAUGAAGAUGAGGAAGAAUAUGAAUCCGGGGACUACGAAAAUUGAAACAAUUCUGAAUAAUAAUUAGUAUAUGUCUGUUGUCCAAUACCUUUCACAUUCUGUUACAUUUGCUAGCAGUCUCUGUGCUAUAAAUGGCUCCUCUGAUAACAGACAUUUUCAUUUGUGUAUCCAUCUUCCUGAAAUUCAACUUCGGCUGAAGCGUAUUGUGCUACUUACCAGAAAUAAGAACAGUGGUAAAUCCAGGCAUUUAGACUGUCAAAUAAAAUUCUUAAACAUGCACCCGUCUAGUAAGUAUACUGAAGGGAUCAAAUUUUGUAUUAAUUUUUAAAAUGUAAAUAAUGUUAUAAUUUCUUUCAAACAUUCUAGUUUGUCUAGCAAAAAUGUCCAUAGUUAAACAAAAAUUUUACCUUGUACCAAUUUCUUUUUUUCUAUAACAUACUAAGAAAUUUCAAGAGAUUGUUCACAUGGCAACAACCCUAAUUAUGAAGGUUGCAAAACAGUUUUUAAUCUCCUUAGGUCACAUUUUCUCAUAAGUUUCAGCAAGAUUUUUAUCCUUAUUUGAAAUUUUCCAUGGUUAGUCUCAUCAAGGGCAAAUUAUCUGUCUUUUGGGGGGUUAUUUUGUGUACUUUUUAUACAUAAUAUGAAGCAAUUAUCAUCUAUAGCAAGUAAGUGCUGUUUUAAUAGCAAUACUAAAAAAUACCCAGAAAAGAUUUUUUGUGCAUUCAGAUGAGCACACCUUUUGCCUUCUUCUUGUGGCAGUUCUUGCACUACUCCUAACAGUGUCAUCUUCUUCCCGCCAGCCUAGGCAACACUUCAAGAUUUAGGAUCUUUUUUUUUACUCUGAACAGCAUUAUGUUUGGCAAGCAUUUCUGCAGUCUAAAGAAGGUGGCUGGUCUGUAGCUCAGUGCAUGCCCUUUAAACACAUGGCAGUCUGCACACCAGACCAGGUGUUUGUCCUUUGUCUUAGACUGUCGAAGACUUGCUCCUAUAUUUGACCCAUCUAUACUACGUCCAAAUAAAGUGCAUUCAGCAUUGCCACACUUCUGGAAACAGCAGACAGAAAAGCAGGCAUUGUUUUCUUUCUGAAAACCUCCAGAACACAUGCACAUUUUUCAGAUUGUCUCAACCACCUCUUGAUCAGCAUGAACCAGACAGCAAAUGAAAUGCAAUUCAAAAAUGCAAGACUUCAAAGUGUGAAGUGAUCACCCUGAAAAAUUUCUCAAAUUGCUUUUGUUAACUAAUUACAUGAAGGCCGGCUCUGAAUUAACGGGUGAUGGAAGAUACUAAACUAACAAAACCACUUUUGGGAGGCAGUUACACCU